AUGGGAAAAAGAGCUACCAAGGCCCAUUACAUCAUCAAGAAAGACCAACAUGGUUUCCCUGUAAACACUCCUAAGUACAAGACUCAUUUCUGGGGAAUAUCGGCAGAUCAGCGAGCUGCCCCCGCUCCGACACACCCAAAUGCUCGCAAGAGCGCUCGUACAGGUCUUGAACAGUCCUGUAACCGCCCCUUUACAUCGCCGCAUUUGAAAGAAAGCAAGCUUCUCUACGGAUACCCCCGAGGGCCCUAUACCUGGCACAAGCAUUUUCCGAUCGCCCGAAAGGGCCUUAGACAAUCGCCGAUCAACAUCGUUCCGCGUAAGGCGGAGUACGACGAUGCUCUCACGGGCAUUCCCCUUUGGGUCUUCUACCGAGAGGAAGACGAUGUCAUGCUGGAGAACAACGGACACAGCUUAGAGUGUCAAAUCACCCAGCUCGGAUAUUUGACCGGCGGUCCCCUUGGCAACAAGCUAUUCAGAUUGGCACAGUUCCACCUGCACUGGGGAGCAGACGACACACGGGGAUCGGAGCAUACGAUUGACUGGAAGCAGUUCGCAGCCGAGCUUCACCUCGUCCACUGGAACACGAAGUAUGGCAGCUUCGCGGAGGCUGUUCACAAGAGUGACGGACUUGCCGUUCUCGGGGUUAUGAUCAAGUCCGGCGUAGAGAAUCCCGUCUUCUCCGUCGUGUCGGACAACUUAGGUGGGUUGAUCCAACCUCAUAGCGAGGACACCAUCCCCUUCUCCCUGGACCCUACCGACCUGUUGCCAGGUGACAUCCGCGCCUACUGGACGUACGAGGGCUCCCUAACAACCCCGCCCUUGUUUGAAAGUGUCCAAUGGAUUGUCUUCAAAGAACCCGUAGAAUUCUCUCCCAGCCAGUUGGACGCUCUUCGGCGUCUCAUUGAUUCAGACGGCAAUCAAAUGCAGGACAACUUCCGGCCUCCACAACCAUUAAAAGGGAGACAAGUCAGGGCUUCCUUUCAAUGA